AUUUGAUUUAUUGAUAUUUGGGGGGUUACCAUUUUCUUAUAACAAAAAAGCCUAUGGACCGCCGUCAAAUAUGCGUCUUGUGGCUUGCGGUCAUUGCUUUGGUCGCACAUGUACACUCAAAUGAAAACACGAGUGACGUUAAAGCAAUGAAUAUAUCAAAAGUUGCUAGCGACGAGGAAAGGAGUUUUGAAUGGCUUCAUCAUCUUGGCGACCUCGUCAAGAAAUUCGUUUAGUGGCUUAAGAAUUUGUUUAUUCAUGAGCCAACAGCAGCAGAAACAGCGCCUUUAAAGUUUGUGUAUGAUAAGCACAGAGGAGA